AUUUUAUCUCAUAACUAUAGAUUUUUAUCGCGUUCAUCGUUCUAAUAAUAUCAAAACAGACAAAGACCUGUUUUCCAAUUUAUAUUAUUAAUAAAAUAGAAGAAUCGGAUAAUCAGUUACUGAUUUGUGUAAAACAUGGACAAAAGUGCAAAUCCUCCGCCAUAUGGUUGGAAUGGGCACACAAUGCAGCCGCCACCGGCUGCACCACCUAGCUAUUCCCAAGCUGUUGGGGGAGUAGGACCUUCUAGUCCAUACACUCCACAAUACUCACCAUCAUCAGGACCAGCUAUUGUAACAACAGUAGUGCCGGUGGGUCCACAACCCACACACAUGAUAUGCCCCAGUUGCCAUGCUGAGAUAAAUACUUAUACAAAGACAAAGCCAGGACUCAUUGCAUAUAUAUCUGGAACAGUUAUAUGUAUGAUGGGAGGUUUUCUAGGUUGCUGUUUGAUUCCAUGCUGUAUAGAUAGCUGCAUGGAUGUCCAUCACAAGUGUCCCAACUGCGGAGCUUACCUUGGUCGUUACCGGCGAUAAUUUAAUUUUCACAAAGAGCCAUGGGAUUUUUAUUUACUGCAGCAAGUAAUGGUCUAUUUCCAAGCACCUCACUAUCUAUCUACUUUAGACAAUAACUGCCUUGUAGACUGAUUGUACUGGUGUUUUUGUUUUUCACAUCAUCACACUUUGGAAACAAAGAGAUGUAUAUAUUAUAAAUUAAAUGUCCACAUCUUUUUGUGUAGUCAAUAUUAUUAUUAAGACUUACCUGACUAAUUAAUAAACAAAGUCACUCAUUAAAAAAAAUUGUAAUUUCAAUUAUCAUCAAAUAUUUAUGGUAAUUUAAAAACAAAAUUGACAACAUAUAUAAAUAACCAUGCUUAUUAAUAAGCCAGGUGAUAUUAUGUAAUGUUUCGAAAUGGUAUGUUUCAUCUUAAAAUAUCUCUUCUAAGCCCAGUUUUAAUGUAACUGAAUAGGAAUAAGUAUUUAAUAUUAUUAAUACAUAAGGUAUCUUUUGUGUAUUUUUUAUAAAAGUAUAUUAUGUACAAUUUUUAUAUUUUAGGAUUUUGGAAUAUUUAACUUACAAUGUUGAUCUUGAUAAAUUAUUUUAAAUAUUAUGAUUUCCGAUCCACAAUAGUGGUUGUUUUUUUAGUAAUUUUAUACAAAUAGUUUUAAGAUAAUGUUAAAUUUUAAAUUAUUUGUUUUGCUUACAAUUAUGUGCCCUUAAUUUACAGAUCUGCAAUUAGAAGUUGUUAUGUUGUCUUUAAAUCUAGUUAAAUAAUUUAAUAAUAAUUUUAUUUUAUAUUAUAUUAACAAUGUUAAAACCAAUGUUUUUAUUAUCAAUUGAAAAUAAUGAACUAUGUAUGAUCUUGAAUGUUUAGAGUAUUUAACAUUAACUCUCCUGAUACUGCAAUGGGUAUGUUAUAAAUAGAGUUAAUGAUUACCCUUACAAUUAAAAAUAAUAUUCUGACAAUUACAAUUGAGUAAUUUGUUGUUAAAUUAAACUAUGUCAGUGCUGAUGUUUUUAUCUAUAGUUUUUUUAUCAAUGGGGUCUUAAUGUCACAUGAUAUAUGUUUACAAUAAUCAAUAAUUGACCUACAUUUUAAGUAUAAGAAUAAAGUACAUGUAAUUGAUGUUUAGUAAUGCACAUACUAGAUUAACAGCUGAUAGUUUAGUUACUUGGUAUCAAAAAGAUUGAUCUAAUAACAUUAAGUGGGCCUUAUAGAGAUGUUAAUUAGACUAUUGUAUUAAUCGUGAUAAAUUAACUAUUAAUAAUGAGUACCUUUAAUAUUAUUAUAAUUAAUAUGAUUAAUAAAAUCCUCUAAUUAACAAAAUCAAAAGGCACAGACAACAAACUAAUUUUCUGGUUGACUUAUUAAUGUAUAGUAUAUUUUUCAUUUUAAAUAUUGUGAAAUGUGGAAACAUAACUAGAGAAGCUUAACUCAGUAACUAAAUCAUCAGCUAAAAAAUCCUUUAUGUGCACUGUUUAUAAAUGUUUUAAAGACCAUACAGCUUUAGCCUUCAAUGUGUUCGCAAAAUGUUAUACUACUUUCCUGUGACUAAAAAGUUAAAACAAUAAAAUGAAUUAAACACC